GUCAUUCAUCUCCGAAACAAACCAAAAAAAAAUCUGGAGAUGAUUCAUAAUUGGUUAUAAAUUAAUAAAAAAAUCAAAUGUAGAAAGAAGCAUCAGGAAAAAAGAGAUUCUCAGAGAAUAAAAACAGAUUCUGAAAGCAAACCUUAAAUUUUCAAAUUUCACCACCUCACUCUCCGAUGAAGCGUAUCGUCAGAAUCUCAUUCACAGACGCAGAAGCCACCGAUUCUUCUAGCAGCGAAGAAGAGGCGGAGGAGGUUUCCGAAGCAUCCCACGCUCGCCGCCGUGGGAAACGGCUCGUCAAGGAGAUCGUAAUCAACCCUUCCGACUCCGAUAACAAACUCGAUGUCUGCAAAACGCGGUUCAAGAUCCGGAUUCCGCCGGAGUUUCUCAAGGCGACGGCGGCGGAGGGAAAGAAGAAGUUCCGUGGAGUGAGGCAGAGACCGUGGGGGAAAUGGGCGGCUGAGAUAAGGUGCGGCCGAGCUCUCAAGGGACUACGUGAUCGUCUUUGGCUGGGUACUUUCGACACCGCCGAAGAAGCCGCUCUCGCUUAUGAUAACGCUGCGGUUCAGCUGAAUGGUCCUCACGCGCCUACUAAUUUCAGUUUCCCGGCGGAGAAUCAAGAGGUCAAGAUUGUGGCCGGAGCUUCCGCCGUUGCUCGUGGCGCGUGAAGCACGUUGGUUUGUUUAGUUGGUCGUGUUAUAUAAUGUUAGUAAGAAGGUUUCUCUGUCGUAGUGUAAAUUAAUCUUGUAGUACUUGUUAAAUCUCCUGAUGAUGUUUCUGACCUCAUCAUGUCCUUUGUCUGAAACUUUGUUGUCGUCAUCGUACAUAUUUGUCGACGAAAUCUAAAAGUGGUGGUUUUGAAUUCGGGUUUGCACUUGUUAAUUCAAAUGAUUUUGGUUAAU